AUGCCACGCCGUCCCGUCCGCAUCGCUAACUGCUCGGGCGCCUCGCCGGACCCGGGCGACUUCAUGCUGCACCAGGCCGUCUCCGGGCCCGUGGACGUCAUCACCGGCGACUACCUAGCCGAAGCCAACCUGGCCCAGCACGCCUCGGCGUACUCCCGCGGUGCGCACCCGGGCUGGGUGGCCUCGGCCUGGGACGGCCUGCAGAAGUCGCUGGGCGCCAUCGCCGAGCGCCGGAUCAAGGUUGUCAUCAACGGCGGGGCGCUGAACCCACGGGGCCUCGCCGAGGCGACGGACAAGCUGGCCCGCGAGAAGGGCCUCGGGCUCAGGGUGGGCUGGGUGGACGGGGACGACCUGAUGCCCAGGGUCCGGGACCUGCUGAGGAGGGACGGCCAGGGGCGGCUGCCGCACCUCGACGGCGGGAGCGAGGAGGUGAGGCUCGCGGGGGGCACGGACGGCUUCCUGGAGGACCCGGAGAAGCCCAUCGUGGCCGCGAAUGCUUAUCUGGGCUGUCGGGCCAUCAGGAAGGGGCUGGACGAGGGCGCCGAUAUCGUCAUCUGCGGGAGGGUUGCGGAUGCAAGCCCCGUCAUGGGCGCGGCGGCUUGGUGGCAUGGGUGGGGGGACGAUCGGUUCGACGAGUUGGCGGGCGCGCUCGUCGCGGGACAUCUGAUCGAGUGUAGCACGUACGGCACGGGCGGGAACUUUCCCGGGUUCGACGAGUACCCGGUCGAGGACCUGUUGAACUUGGGGUGUCCCAUCGCGGAGGUCGACGAGAAAGGAGAGUGCGUCAUCACAAAGCACGAAGGACUCAACGGCCUCAUGACCGAAGAGGUGGUCAAGUGUCAACUGUUGUACGAACUACAGGGGACCAUCUAUCUCAACAGCGAUGUCAAGGCAGAUAUCAAGGGGAUAGUGGUGAAGCAGGUUGAGAAGAACCGUGUCCACGUCUCGGGCGCGAGGGGCUCUCCACCGCCCCCGACAACGAAAUUGGCAGUCUUCUACAAAGGAGGCUUCCAGGGAGAACUGACAGUAAACGCGACAGGCUAUGCAGUUGACCAGAAAUACGACUUGCAAGAGGCGCAGCUCGAGGAUAAGAUAAAGGAAUGGGGUCUCAUGAAGCAUGUCGACCUGAUCGAGUUCCAGCGUGUGGGCAUACCGCAGCCAAACCCCAAGAGCCAGCUAGCCGCGACGACAUACUUGCGGAUCGUCAUCCAGGCGGCCAAGGCAGAUACGAUCAAGGCAGUCUUGUAUGGAAUCAUGUACAACUUUAUGCAACAUUUCCCGGGCAUGAGUUGUACCCUCGAUUGGCGGCUGAUUUCGGAUCCACUACCAUUUCUAGGAUACUUCCCGGCAUUGGUCAGGCAAGAAGAGAUAAAGGAAGCUGUGAACGUCAUAGGGAAGAACAACAGCAGCAUCCGCAAGUUCGAGGUGGGGGUGCCGAUAAAGACCGAACCACUACAGCCCAGAGAUAAUUACGAGACUCUGUCACCUCGAAAGCUCAAGGAUUUUGGGCCAACAAGAAUGCUACCGGUUGGGGAUGUUCUCCUCGCUCGUUCUGGAGACAAAGGGGGGAACGUCAAUGUGGGAUUCACACCUAGAGCCUACGCAAACAACGACGACACAUGGGACUGGAUGAGAAGCUUCCUCACAAGGGCGAGGAUCAAAGAUAUGAUGGGCGAAGACUGGGAAGACUGGUACCACAUUGAACGUGUGGAGUUUCCGAUGAUCAGAGCCGUUCAUUUCGUGGUGUACGGUGCUCUGGGAAGAGGGGUUAGCAGCUCUUCACGGCUGGACAGCCUCGGGAAAGGGUUUGCAGAGUUUCUCCGCUCAGUGCAUGUUCCGGUGCCUGUGCGUUUCGUCAAGCAGCACGUAGCCAGCAGGUUGUAG